GACAUCCGGAACGACCUGUACCUCACCCUGGAGAGAGGAGACUUUGAGAGGGGGGGCAAGAGUGUCCAGAAGAACAUUGAGGUCACCGUCUACGUGCUUUACGCAGAUGGAGAGAGACUCAAAGUAGGUGUUAUGUCCUGACGACCGUAAUAUGUCAGAUGACCCUACACAUAUGUUUCAUUUCUUUUUAUAUUUAAUUUGCCAUCAAGACUAUACAUCCUGCGUUUUAGUGUUCAGUAAAAAAAUAUGUAUGAAAACAAUCUAAAUGAUUAUAUGUGGUGACUGUGUGUGCUUACUUACAUGUGUGUCUGUGAUUGUGGUGUGUGUGUAAUUACCUGUGUGUGUCUUCCUGUAGGACUGUAUCAGCCUGGGCAGUGGUGAGCCCCACAUCAGUGAACACCGCUCCUUUGUCCUCUACCACAACAACAGCCCCCGCUGGAGCGAGGUGGUUAAACUACCCAUUCCCAUAGACCGCUUCAGAGGGUCACACCUACGCUUCGAGUUCAGACACUGCUCCAGUAAGUACCGGUCUGGUCUAGAGAUAAUCAGUAAUGUAAUGAUAAAUGUAGUAACGUGUGUGGAGACUUCGCUAGUCUAACACGUAUGAACACAGAAGUUAAUCACGCAGCUGACCAAAUUACGCAAAAUAAACAUCUGUGUUCUAGAAAUUAUACUGAAGACAACUCAUUUGACAUCUCCUGCUUGCUAGACCUUUCUAAAGCCAGCUACAGAGAAAAUGUUCAGCAUCUCUUGAAUACAGUGGAAGCUGUUAAACUUCAAAAGGACUUAUUUCGUCCGUGGGCCGGCCAUUUGGGGUACAUAUGACACUUAGUGAGUGAUUGCCUCUCUGUUCUUCCUCUCUCUCUGUUCUUCCUCUCUGUUCUUCCUCUCUCUCUGUUCUUCCUCUCUGUUCUUCCUCUCUUCUCCACAGCCAAAGACAAGGCGGAGAAGAAGCUGUUUGGCUUUGCCUUCACACCACUGAUGAGAGAGGACGGGACGACGCUGUCAGACGAGAGCCACGAGCUUUACGUCUACAAGGUCAGCCUUCUUUAAGUCUACAAGGUCAGCCUUCUUUACGUCUACAAGGUCAGCCUUCUUUAAGUCUACAAGGUCAGCCUUCUUUACGUCUACAAGGUCAGCCUUCUUUAUGUCUACAAGGUCAGCCUUCUUUCCGUCUACAAGGUCAGCCUUCUUUCCGUCUACAAGGUCAGCCUUCUUUACGUCUUCUAAAAAGUUGUGUUCCUCCUGUGGUGGCGAUUCCCUAUGAAAGGCCACUGGCACAGGAGAGAGCCGUCCAUAACACGUCCAAAGAAAUCUGCUUUCCAAACGUUACUCUUUUUGGGUGAAGUUCCCAUUUAUUGCACAUAUAAUAUAUAAAUAGCUCCAAAACACAUAUUCCAAUACAAAAGGUGCAGAGAGAUGCAUUCUAGAAGCUGUAUCUGUGAUAUGGUAAGAAGUGUAUGUGCUAACCCUUCCUGGUCACCUGUGCUAUCUAUAUACGCGCGUGACCAGUGACCCACGACCCCAACAUAUAAUGCCCUCUAGUGAACAAAACAAGUAAGCCUUGACAGACAACAUAUACACAACACAAAAACAGCCCAAAACGGCUCCUACACCUCCUGCUUCAUCUGAACUCUGCAGUACCUCACAUCUUUCUUUCUUUUCUAGUGUGAUGAGAACGCUACGUUCAGUAACCAUGCGUUGUACCUGGGUCUGCCCUGCUGUAAAGAUGACUUCCAUGGCUGUCCCAACAUUCCCUCCAGCCUCAUCUUCCAACGCAGCACCAAGGAGACCCUCUGGAUCUCCACACAGCUCUCCUCCACCAAGCUCACACAGAAUGGUAGGUCCUUUCCUCUCCUCUCCUCUCCUCUCCUCUCCUCUCCUCUCCUCUCCUCUCCUCUCCUCUCCUCUCCUCUCCUCUCCUCUCCUCUCCUCUCCUCUCCUCUCCUCUCCUCUCCUCUCCUCUCCUCUCCUCUCCUCUCCUCUCCUCUCCUCUCCUCUCCUCCUCUCUCCUCUUCCUCUUCCCCUUCCCCACCAAGCUCACACAGAUUACUUGACUCUUAUAGCACCAUCUUGUCAGCCAAGCUGAUUUUGAUCUUGAUCCUGAUCCUGAUCUUGAUUCCACUGCCAUUAUCUUGUUCCUAGUGGACCUGCUUGCGUUGUUGAAGUGGAAGGCCCACCCAGACAGAGUGAUGGACAUCCUGGGACGACUACGCCAUGUCAGUGGAGAGGAGAUCGUCAAGGUUAGCCACUUUAUAGGAAAAACAAAUAUACAUUCAGAAUAAAUGUGGUGAGACGCUCUGAGUUUAAAGGCCGGUCAUAUAUUUAACAUUUAUCUUCAUAUCUUCAUUAUUUGACAGUUCCUCCAAGACAUCUUGGACACCCUGUUUUCCAUUCUGGAUGACAACACUGACAAGUAUGGACCUCUGGUGUUCCAGUCA